AUGAGCAUUUCUGAGAUUAAAGACUUCCUUGUCUUACCUGUUGAUCUUCCAGGUGCCAAGGCGCCUCACUACAUAUAUUUCAAGAAGCAUAGCGGGAAAUCUAGCACUGAUGGGCAGAACAAUUCAUUAUUUUUAUUCAACUUACCAAUAAACACUACAACUUCUACGAUCAAAAAAUAUCUCCUGUCUGUGGCUAUCGGAGCCACUUUAGAGUCUUUUGCACCCAGUCUCUUGACUAAUUACCCCGAGGAUUUUUGGAUCGAUUUGACCAAAUUGACGUCAGACCUUGAGUUGCUGACCAACUUGAACAGUAACAUAGAUCAAGACUACAACACCGGUAACACUAUCGGAGCCAAGCUUCCUAAACACUGUGGGAUUCUCACUUUUAUUGACAAAUCGUCAUUACAACUAGCAUUUACAUCAUUGAAGAAACUCUCUUCUAACCAAACAUCUUCCAAGUGGCCAAUAGAUGAGGCCAACUUCGGAGGAUCUUCAUAUUUCCUCAGCAAGUAUCAAGGCCAGAUAUUGGAUAAUGAAUGGUUAUCCGGAAUAGUUUCUCAAUCAUUAAUUGACUUUGAUGCCGCAGAGCAGAAGUCUAUAAACGAUUUACAACAACUGACGGAGCUUGUGGAUGAAGAUGGGUUCACUUUGGUUGUCGGGUCUCACAGAAAGACUAAGGCAAGUAUCUUAGGAAAACAAAAGUUGGCAUCUACAGUGGAAGUGGAAAGAGCACAAAAGAACCUCAAAAAGAAGGAAAAGGAUGAUUUCUACAGAUUCCAGUUGAGACAAAGGAAGAAGGAUGAAAUGAACGACUUGUUAAAGAAGUUUAAGUUGGACCAAGAAAGGGUUCGUUUAAUGACUGAGAAGAAGAGAUUCAGGCCGUACUAA